GCGUGUACGUCGCCGGCGGGGCCGCGUUCGUGCGCUACCCGGAGGGAUCCGCCGGCCGAGGAGUGGUGGGGAACGCGGCGAGCGCCGGGAUGGGCGCCGAGGAGGAGGAGGAGCCGGCCGCGGCCGUCGGGAGGGAGGGGGGAGGGGGAGGAGGAGGAGACGGCGGGAGGGCCGCGGGGGCGGGGGCGGGGGCGGAGGGCGAUGGCGCCGACAGCGGGGAGGGUGCUGGGGCGGUGGUCCCGUGCUCGAUCUGCCUCGACGCGGUGGUCACCGGCGGCGGGGACAGGUCUACGGCGAGGCUGCAGUGCGGCCACGAGUUCCACCUCGAUUGCAUUGGUUCCGCAUUUAAUGCCAAAGGAGUUAUGCAAUGCCCUAACUGUCGCCAAAUUGAGAGGGGUAAUUGGCUCUAUGCAAAUGGUUCCCGUCCUUCACAGGAUGCAAGCAAUGAUGAUUGGGGUCAUGAUGAAGACUUCUAUGAUGCUAGUCAACCGGAGACAUCAAGGAGUGUCUUUUUGCCAUUCCGCUUCCAGUGGUGUCCCAUUGGCCGCUUAGCACAACUUCCAUCUGUAUUUGAUGAAGGAGAGUCAGCACCACCAGUUACCUUUCAUGAUUUCAUGGGACAAAACUUUUCCUCGGAGCAUUUGCCUGUAUCAGCACCUGGGGCAACUCCUCCAGGCCCAUAUAUCGCUUACUUUCAGCCUCUUCAAUCAUCGGCAUCAUCAUCAAGUUCCCAUGUCACUGAUAGAAGUAUGGAUGGCACCACAUAUCAUGAUCACUGGAACCCCCUAGCCGGGCCAUCAGAUGGUCGACCACUGGCUACAGUACAUCCCAUUGAUUUCCAUCAUAACCACUGGACGCACCUUCCCAACUCCUAUUCUCAACCCAACAGCAAUAAUGGUGUAGCUGAGCAGAUGGCAAUCCCUGUGGUACCCAUGAGGGUUGGGGGGCUUGAUGGUGAUAGCCAACAGCGAGGAUCUAUCCCGUCAGUUUAUGGAAAUGGAUCUGGAUCAAGAUCAAGAAUUCCAAGUGUUCCUCCUAUGGCACCACAAUUCAUGAGGCCGCACGGUAGCAUCAACGAACAAUAUCAGCAGAGUCCUUCCAGCCUGUACGCCGCGCCACAGCGUCCAGCCGGUGCGAGGACGACCGCGGUGCAGACCCUUCAAGACAGCAUGAACUUCACCCUGUUCCCGCCGGCUCCGUCCCCUAACCUAAUGGAGACGGAGGAAGGCGGGGGCAACCAGUUCUACGCCUGGGAGAGGGACCGUUUCGCCCCUUACCCACUAAUGCCUGUGGAUUCUGAAGCAAACUGGUGGGGCACGCCCCCACAAUCCCAUGGUGCAACGGAUCCUUCAGCUGCUGCCCCCCAGAGGAGGCUCUUCGGGCAAUGGAUUGGUGCCGGGAGAUCGCCGCCGCCGCCACCGCCACCGCCGCCACCACAACCGGCGGAGAACAGAUCACCAGACAACUCGUCUUACCGGCAAAUGCACAUCCCCAGGAUGUAGCCAGUAAAAGUUGAUAUAAAAAACCUGGAGAGACCCCCUGUUGGCUGUAAGAAAGUAGGGUUGAGACACCGUUGUAAUGUCGUCGUCCUGUGUUUUGCGUGGUGAUUAGACUCCCUGAGACAAUAUUUGCAGGCAGGUAAAAAGGAAGCAGAACUCAGAACACCCCCACCCAAGGAGGAAAAACGUUUCAGCUUUGGGUAUUUAUGUGGAAUUCAGUUCGGUGGAGCAUAGUAGUACAUAUUCCAUGCCAUGUUGGGGGCAUUUUGAAGUUGUCGCAUGUUUCCUUUUUUUUUUCUGCCUUUUCUUUUGCAUUUUAAUGUUGUCGCAUGUUUCCUUUUUUUUUCUUCUGUUUCUUAUCGUUUGCUUGCUUGCUGCAUCGUGCAUUUUGGUAGUAUAUGCCACGAUGUGGUAAAUGGUACUCCCUCUGGGUUUUCUUAAUUGAU